UCUAGGACGCGAGCCCCAGAAGGAUCUGGGAGUAAACUUAACAUUCACUGUGUCUCUGCUCUGCAUCCGCCAUUUGUGUGUGUUUCUGGACUGUGGGCUGUGUGUACCUUGGUUGGUGACUCAGUGAGAAGAAGCAGGAAUGCCAAAGAUACUGUGAAUGUUCUGAGUUUUGUUGCUGUUGUUGUUGAGAGGUUGUUUGACUGGUAUCUAUUGCAUUAUAUAAUAAAUGACCAGAUGAAUGAAUGAGUGAAGCAAGAGAGAAUGAAUAAACAAGUAAAUAGGUAAAGAAGUAAGCAAGCCAGGAUGAGAGUGUGUGUACACAAGACCAUGGUUCAUCCGCUUUGAUGCCUAGGCAAUCAAUAUAUAAAUAGAAAAAACCCAGUGAAUCACUAAGUAAUAGGGCAACACACAAAGUGAUAUCAGGUGAUUAUGGACUAAGGGGUAUGUGUAAUUCCAAUAUAUGCCUCUGACAUUUGACAAUGAAAAACAACCUAAAUGAAAGAAAGAAUGGAUGUAUGAGUAGUGAAGUGCAGAAUGAGACAUAGAUUUUGAGGCCCGUCAAAAUGAAAAGAUGCAAGUUAGGGAACAAGUGAUCAAAAGGGAGAAGGGAAAGGUAUUUUUAAAAAACCAAAACAACAAAGAAAGGUUAAAAAAAAACAGACUAGAGGAUGAGUAAUGAGUAACUCUGUAAGGAGGACCAUGUCAGGCUAUUGUAAGCUAAGCAUUAGGACUGAUACAAAUAAUAUAUGCUCCUGGCAUAGAAAAAUAAACCACAGAGAACGAGUUCAAAGAAUAGCAAAGAAAGAAAGAGGACCCAGUGGGCGAAAGAUGAGAGUGUACUUUUACCAAAAGUUAUCUAAGCCUGAGCACUUGAAGUCUGCACAUAAAUAAAUAAAUGACAAAAGAAAGGAAAAAAGGCCAAAAAGUCUACAUUGCGUGUGUGGAUGGAUGAAUGAGCAGUGGGAGUGCAGCGCCAGGUGACAAGAUGUUGUGAGGGGUUUUGAGUCAUCCAGUCCUGGGCACUGAGGUCUGUUAGAUGAAAGGAUAUGAGAAAGGUAAUAUUGGUAAAUAAAGAAAUAGGAAAAAAUGUAACAAAUGUUAAGUACAGAAAUACAUUAAUGGGUGGUAAAUAAAGAUGUAAAAGAAGGCAAUGCGAUCGAUGGUGGCAAAAGAUCAUCACAGAUUAAGGGCUAUGGCUGGUCCACUUCUAGAAAACCACAGGCUGUCCAUUAAAUAAUGAACAUCUAAGUGAACAAGUCAGUGAGUAUCUAAAUAGACAAGGAUGAGGUGAAUGAGAAGACGUGGCCCCAUGGGUCCUCCUGAUGAGGGUGUUGGGGUCCCCCCUGGGCACCCCAGCUGCAUGAAAAUGAAGCACAGGAGGUAUGGAAAGCUAUGACAGAAGAGAGAAAGGAACGGUAAAAAGAAAUAACAACCAAAUGGAUAAAUGGGUAGAUCCACGAGAAGAGUUAGGCUAGGACUUGUCAUAAGGGCACCUGACGCCACUAAUAGAGGAAUAAAUGCCUAAUAAGAAGAGAGCAAGCAGGAAGGAAGGAUGCUAUGAAUGCAGGAAGGAAGUAAUGAGUGAGACGUGGAACCACACGGCCAAGGAUGGGCGUUUGCGGGUGGCUUUUUGAUGCGUACAGCCAAGCCACUCCAUGGCAAUGAGCUCCGAAGACAAAGUGCAAGAGGGAACGAGUGAGAGAGUGAGAGAGAGAGAAACAAUAAAAAAUGGGAAGAAAUGUAAAAAGGAAGAAAGGAAGAGAGGUAAUAUAUUAAGGAAUAAAUACAUGCAUGCAGAUUUAAGACAGACCAUGCUAGAACAGGAAUGAAAGGCUGUGUGAACCAAGCAGACCGCUUAAUUGGCACCAGUGCUGCUGGUUAUGGUCAAUCACCUACUCAACUAAGGAAUGGCUCAAAGCAUACACAUGGGAGGGAGGAGUGGGGCCACAGAGAGAGGGCCCAUUAGUUGCAGAUUACGAUGUAUCCAGUUAGGUGCACCUGCCUUCGAGAAGUGUAAAAAUAAGUAUUUACAUAGAAAGAAAGACUGAAUGGAUGCACGGUGAAUGCAUGAAUGAUUGAACGACAGAAAAGAUUUGCAUUGACCGAUGAGGAGGGCAUUGUAGAGAGGGAUGAGGGUCAUUGAUCCUGGGUGCAGAUCUCCAAAAGAAUGACAGAAAGAAAGAGGGAGUGGUGGAAAGAAACAAUAGGAUGGGAAAAAAUGAAAAUAGGAAAAAAGGAAGUGAGAUAAUAAAUAAUUAGAUCAAAUAAGUUGAUGAAAGGGGACUGGUUUAGCACAAGCCAUCCACAUUAAUUCAAAUCUGUGGCUCUGAAGUUUGUUUUUUAAAUGACCACAAGUGUAAGACUGAAUGAAAGAAUAAAUGCAUGCAUUCCAUAGGAUGCAAGAAAAGGAGUGAGGAAUGGGAAAAUUGGAAGAACGAGAGAGGGAGAGAUGUAAGAAAAGAAAGGAAAAGUGAAGUAGGCAUAUGAAAGAAAAGGCACUUCUUGGACAAGCACUGAAAUAUAAUGAGACAGUUUUAUCCAUUAAAUAUAAUAAACAGUAAACGUUGAGGUUCAUCAAUAAAAGCACAGAUACCUGAAUAGAGGAGUGACUGGCUGAACGAAUGAGAAUGGAUGAUUUUCACUAUCCUGUGCACUCAAGGCCCAAAAGAGAAAGCAAGAGAGGAGAGAAUAUGGAAACGUAUGACAGGAUGUAUAUAAGCAAUACAAACAUAUUGAAUGAAUAAAUAAAGACAUAAAUAUGUGGGAGAGUGGACCACGCAAGGACAAAAAGAGGAGAGAAGGCAGCAAGAAUUAUGACUAAUUCAAAACUGGGUUCCUGAGAUAGUUAAAUAAAUCCUGCACCAAAUCCUCAGGGGGAGGAAUUAACGAACAAAAGACAGCCCCACACGGACCAGUGUGCAGAAGGCUCCGGGAACCGCAGAUUAUGGUUAAUCCAAUUCUGUGCACCUGAGGUCCAUAAAUAAAAGAAUAAGUAUUGAAAUGAAAGAAUGACAGAAAGAAUGAAUGGACACAUGAACGACUGAAUUAGAAAUGGAAAUGCCUGGCACAGCCAGGAAGGAGCUGCCCAUGGGAUUGUCAUUCAUCUCACUCUGGGCACCUGAGGUCCAUAAGCGUGAAAAGAGGCAGGAAGAGAAGUGUCAGGGAGUCAAAGAUAGAGCUAAGGAAAGGCAAAAAUGAAACUAAAUGAAAGCGAAAGGGAAAAUAAAGAAAAACCAAUAAAAAAGAGCACGAAUACGUGGGUGUAUCUGUAAGAGUAGGAUCUGUUAGGAUUAGUCAUAAGACUGUCAGUAAUCCUGAAGAUGGAUGAGAUAAUCCAGGCCCAGGUUCCCAGGGGGAGGGAAAAUGGAGAAAAUAUAAAAAGAAGUGAAAAAGGAAAAAGGAAAGGUAAUAAACAAACAACCAAAGUGAUAAAUGGAUAGUUAAGGGAGGUUGUCUGAACAGGGAUUAUAAUUAGUUUACAUACGUACUCCUUAAAUAGAUAAAUACAUUACACCUUUCAAAGAAUAAAUGAAAAAUAGAGAGACAUACCUGGCUCCAAAACAAGGCUGUAUCUUCUGCCACUGUAAUAAAAUAGAUGCAAUUGAGGUUCAUAAAUAAAAGAAUAAAUACUUAAACGUGAAAGGUGACUAAAUGCGGGGAAGAAAGAUUGCAAAUAAAUACAUGGGCCAAAGAUGUUUGGUUUGCCCAUGGAGUUUUAAUUAAAACAAUUAAUAAGGAAAACAAAUACCCAAAAUAAGGAAGACUGACAAAUGAGUGAGUGGAUGAGAGAGUGAAUGGUGCUUGACGUAGGAGCGGUAGUGCUUUAGGGACCAGCAUGAAGGUGGUGACCGGGAGCCCUGAUUCAUGGGAUUCUGUCCACCUGACUUUAUAAGAACCAAGAAUGGCUGGGAAUGGUGGCUCACGCCUGUAAUCCCAGCACUUUGGGAGGCCGAGGUGGGCGGAUCAUGAGGUCAGGAGUUUGAGACCAGCCAGUUUGAGAUCAGCCUGGCCAACAUGGUGAGAUUCCAUCUCUACUAAAAAAAUACAAAAAUUAUGGGCGUGGUGGCACCUGUCUGUAAUCCCAGCUACUCGGGAGGCUGAGGGAGGAGAAUUGCUUGAACCCAGGAGGUGGAGGUUGUAGUGAGCCAAGAUUGUACCACUGCACUCCAGCCUGGGCUACAGAGCAAGACACUAUCUUAGAUUAAAAAAAAAAAAGAAGAAGGAGAAAGAACCAGAGAAACAUAAGGAAGAGUGAGAGAAAGAAAGAAAGAAAGAUGCAAUUUGGGAAGAAAUGAAAAAGAAAUGAAUAAAGAAUAAAAUAAUGUAACGGUCAAUAAAUAGGACUUGUGAGUGGAGGCCUUUAGGCCAAAGGCUAUGAUUAAUUUCAAGCUAUGUUACUGAAGUCCAUGAACAAAGGACUCAGAUCUAAAUGGAUGAACGAAUGACUGGAAGAAAGGGUGGUAGGAAGGUAGGAAGAAAGGAAGGAGGGAAAAAGGGAAGAGAGGAAGGAACCUUCUUUCUAGUCCUGUGUUCUAGACAGUGGAAUGAAGUGGUCCCCAGGGAGGGUGGCUGUUGGCAUGUCAUGUGCUUGUCACAUGCACUUGCCCUGGCAGGGAGGAGCUGGCUCAGGAAGACCCUGGUCUUGGGGUGCUGUUGCCCUAUGUUGGCUGUGUGGGCCAUUUCACUGCAUCUGUCUCUUCCUCAGUUUCCCCAUCUGUAAACCUGGAGUGGCACCAGCUGCCUACUAGGGUUGAUCUUAUGUGUCUCUGUUGAUGGUAUCCCAUCUAUGGCCUGGAUAGGCAGGAAGGGCUUGGACCCUGGGCCCCGCAGAAGGUUGCAUGAACAAGUGGUGUGAAGCCUGUUGGGUAGCUUGGCCACUCCCGCGGCAUGGGUCGCCUGCACAGGAGGUUUUGCCCACCAGGGGGCAGCAGAGGGUCAGGGAGCAAUAGGCCCUGGGUGGAGCAUGGGCCCCGCCUGCUGUGUGCCACCCUGGGUGUGGCACCUACUCACAUCCAGGGGUUGGUGCAGGGAAAGGCCAGAAGGUGGCCAGGCGCACCUGAGAAGGGGGACCCAGAAGCCCCGGGACCCAGGAGCCCUGGGCAAGCCACCAGAAACCUUGUUCUUGCAACUCUCUGCAGUGUGCCCAGGCCACCCUCUGGCCUGGUCUUCCAUGGGGCAGGGCGCCCACCCUUCUCAACUCAGGUUUCCCUGGGCAGCAGGUGCACCUCAGCACCCCUGGGGUUGCAGAAGUGGUCCGGGGACCCUGGCUUCCUUGACAUGCCAUCCCCAGAGCCUGGUUCAAGGCCUCUCUGUCUUCUCGGCUGUUUCACGACGUGUUUUGUAACUUGGCGGGAUUGCGUUUCGCUGUGUCGAGGUUGUCUCUUCUCUGACUUGCCCUCUGGGGGACUGCCAGGGUAAAUCUGGAGAGUUGCUCGUGCUGACAGUCCUCCCCCAGGGCCUCCCCGGUUCUGUUGAGUCUCCUUUCUCUGUAGUGGAGGAAAUGUGUGUAGUUUUGUGUUGUGUGCCUGUGUUUGUCUGUAAAAGCAAGGACCAAAGUCUCCCUUGUUGACCUCUCAAUUCCUAUUUGGGACAUAUAAAAACACUGGAUUCUUAACAAGUGCCCAGAGCAGUAGGAGCACAGCUUGGAUGGACUCAGGACUCGUGGCAGGGAGCACGUGGGAGGCAGGGGAGUGGGGUGGGGCCAGGCCAUCUGGAGUGGGAGGCGUCAUGCGCAGAGUGACUCUGUAGACACUGGGUGGGAUGGGGAGUGCGGGCGCAGGCAGGGAUGGGGCUGUUAGCUAGUGUGAUGCUUGAGGUCUGAGCUGAUGGCAGCAAAGUGGGGUGCUCAGGAAUCAAAGCUAUGGGGUUAUAGACAGGAUAUGAAGGAGGGAGGGAGGCAAGAAGAAGGGGGUGGUUCCCACGCUUCUAGCUCCGGCCGAGUGGAUGGCAACAGCAUUUGGAAGGCGGAGGACAUGGAAUUCAUGUGUCAGGAGCCACCUUCCGAGCCUCCAGUACCACGUGUCAGGGCCACAUGAGCUGGGCCUCGUGGGCCUGAUGUGGUGCUGGGGCCUCAGGGGUCUGCUCUUCUUCUCUUUCAGAAUCUGGGGCUCCAGGCUAUGCCUUGGCUGGACUGAGGUCUGGGGGUGCACUUAGUAUCCCUGGGGACACCUGCUGAAGCUUCUCCCUGACAAGCCGUGUCACUGUUGGAUGAGGAUGGGGCGGGAGGGGUUCAGGGCAGAAGAAGACCGGGAGGGUCUUUCAAAAGAACUCAUGUACAGCUGUUAAAAAAAGUCAGCAGAGGCUCAGGAAGACUUAAAAGUGUGCAGAAGGCGGGGAAGGGAGGGGCCAUUGCAUGCACCAAGAGGAAAUUGGAAGGAACAAGCGACGUUGGCUGCUAGGAGAGCCUGCUCCCAACAUCUAGGGGCUGUCCUGACGGGUCACAGUGGGUCGAACUGAGCCAAUGAGAGCAGCUCUGGGGAGACCCACUGGUGCCCUGGAGGCUGGGUGGGUUUGGGUUGGAUGAAUUCUGUGUGUCCUUUUGGAAAUGUGGAGGCCAUGAGGGGGGAUCAGGGCUCUUAGGGUUUUGACCCUUAAGAGUUUUGUAUCUGGGAUUCAAAGGGUCUUUAGUUCCAGGAUGCUGAGAUUCGGGAUAGGGUUCCUAACGGCACAAAAGCCAGAGAUAAAACGUCCUUCACGUGCUCCCUACCCGGUUCUUUCUGUACCAGACCCACAAGGUCCGAGUUGGGAUCCUAGUGCUCCUGUCUGGUCAGGGCCUAUCUUUAUGUGUUUGUUAAACUUUUAACAAUGAGAAUAAAUUCUGUCUCUUGACAUUGUCAUUUGCAUGCUCCCCACACACAAAUCCUUUCCUGGUGACACCAGGAGCUACAACUCUCCUUGGUCUCCUCUUGUGACUCCCAACUCCCUCCUUGGGAAGCUUGGCCUCAGGACCUCUGGGAUAGACAGGCCACGAAUCCUGCUGUGUCCCGUUGUGUUCCUAAUAUAAAUGGUGUGGAUGGCACUUGACGUAGAGCAGUGGGAAAUGCAUCCACCACUCAACAUUCUGACAUGUCACCCAUUUUACAUUCUUACAGGCAUACUUUUUUUUAAAAAAGAGUGUCUAUUCUUUCAUGAGCAUCCCUUCUUUAAAAAAACCUAAUUGCCAUUAUUCACCACAUACACUUUUUUUUUGUAUCCUGCCUCUUCUAUUUAAUUUUCUGUCAUCAACAUUUUCCCUUGUUCCAUGCAUCUUCAUAACCUCACUGGCUGCGUUGUGCCUUGUUGAGUGGCUAUGGCGUCAUUCACAGAACCAUUCUGUUAUUCUUAUGUAUAACCACCUUUUAAAAAUAUUAUGAAUAAUGCCACAACUAACUGCUUAAAACACCCUUUUUUUCAUUCUUAAGAAUUAUGUUCUUCCACCCAGAAAUUAUCAUUGCUUCAUUACAGAUCAGUUUCCCCUGCUAGACUGUGAGCCCCAUAAGGGCAAGGAGCUUAUUGAAUUGGCCUUUGUAUCUCUGAUGCCCAACAUGUUGUAGACUAUAAAUAAAUGAUGAAUGAGUGGAUGGAAGAAUGGAGGAAGGAGCGAGUGAAUGAGUGUUUGGCUGAUGGAUAAGAGGGCGGAAGGAUGGGCGGAAGGAUGGAUUGGUGAAUGAAUGAAUGAAUUUCCUUUGGUUAAGUCUCUUGAAAGAAAGGCUAUGGAUCUUUGUAUGGAUGUUGAAUAAUUUCAGUAAGCUUACAGCAUUUUACAAUGUUCAGCAAUGUAUGACCACUUAAUUAAGAUAUGGCUAGUUUGUCUCUGUUAUAAAGUACUUUUGCAUUACUUUAACUUGCAUUGCUUUAAUUACUAAUGAUGGGUGAACACUUUGACCUAUGUUUGUUAACAAAUUGUAUUUUAUCUUCUGUGAACUGUUUGUCCAAGUCCUUUGGGUCAUGGCUUUCUGAAGAGACUGGUCCCAGGUGUCCUUGGGAUGUAGGGAGCCCAUAGCUCACUGGAGGCAUUCAAGGAACCAGCCAGGCAGCCCUCGGAGAAAGUAGUGUUCAGGAGAUUCUCAUGGUGUGGGGUUGGCCUAGGUGGCCUUUCAGGUCUGUUUGAUGUUAGGAUUUGCUUCUCCCUGGGAAGUGGGUGAUGGGGAAAAAGACACCUUCCAUUGGCAGGUGUAGACACUGCAGGCUGGACCUCCUGGGUGUGCUCGUGGACUCCGAUCUUGCCCUCGAUAAAACCCCUGUGGGACAGGAAUAGCUCUUUGAACCUCCAAGGUCCAGACAGCCACGUCCUAGCACCCUGUACAAUCAGUUAGUGGCCUUCCCACCAGCGCAGUCACUCAUUCCUAUUAGAUCCCGAUGAAGCCAGGCCCUGGGGUUUCCAUUUUCCCACCUCUUAGGGGAAUUGGGUUCCCCGCAUCCUGUGAUAUGUCAGCAAAUGUCCUCAGCCCUGGCCUGCACAUGUGGCCUCAGUGGUGGUCUUUGGGGUUUAACUGACGAGUGGAACAUUUUGGAUCAGGACUGAUGGGAGAAUCUCCUUUCAUUUUUCUUCACCUGGGGCAAUUACAUUCUAAGGAGCGGAAUAAAGGGCAUGUUCUGCCCAAAGCCUCAGGGCUCACAGGUCAGUCACAGCCAUUUAGGGAGGGCAUGUCACCCAAGGAGGGCUCGCCCUUCUUUCCAGAGCAUCCUCCGCUCUCAGCAGAGCUGCUUCUGCCCACCCAUCCCUCUACUAUAGCACUGAGCACUGUUUGCCCGUGUCAGAAUCCCUCACCCACAUGUUUAGCUUGGUAUCCAAGCUUGGGAGGCCGGCAAUGACUUUCAACAUGAAUUGCUCCAUCUACCCAUCCAUGCAUUUGGCCUACUUAUCUUGACCCCGUGCUUUUGGCCUUUUCUUCUCCUGAAAGCAAACCCUUUCAUUUUGGGUGGGCUGUGUAGCGCCAUGGGCUGUGGUUAUGAAGCAAACACCCUUUCUUGUAGCUGCCUCCUCCGGGGUUACUGCCCUGAGCACGUCCCAGCUGGAUCUCAUCUGCCACUGUCACCCAUAGCUUCUUCCCCAUGGUGCUUUCCAUGUGUCACACACCACGACUGUGACCCAGGGUCGGGGUCAAGAGUAGCCUGGGGCCAAGCCCUCCCACCCAUGAGCGGAGAAGUCCUCCCCAGGCCUCCCCUUGCCUGGCGCAUGGUCCCUGCCAUGAGCUUUGCUUUCAGCCUUUCAGCUUCCUCCACCGGGUGGCAGUGGUUGUAACUCAUCCAUUCAUCCCUUCAUCCCUUCAUUCAUUCACUCACAGCCAACAGACGUUUUUAAAAAAUUAGCCAGUGCUAUACUAGAGCUGGCUCCCAAGGACCCGCUGCCGCACUGCCUUUUGAAACAAAACAAUGAACACAUUGGUAAAGGGGCCGUGCUUGUGUGUCGGUGACAAGGCGAGAUCCCUGAGUCAGGUCAGGCUUGUAGAUUCGAGUUCUGUUGCGAGUUUCAUUGCCCCUCUGACUUUGUCCCCUGUACAACUAGGUUGAUUAGGAAUCAGCCAACUGUGUUCCCUGGGUGCUCAGAAAUCACAGCCCAUAUCCUCGAGAGGCCAAAAUGAGAGCCAGGGGGUUCCAAGACGAGUGGCUGCUUCUGGCCGGGAGCAGGUUUUCAAGUCAUUAGAACACUCUGGCCUUUCCUGGAGGUGAUCUUGGAGCCAUUCCUGCCCCUUUCAAGAGGAGUUAAUGCCCAGCUCUGUUUAGAGAAAAUUGGGGGAGACGAUUACUCAUGUGGGUGAUAAGAAUCACCUCCUGUGCGGGGGUCUGCAUAGAACACUCCAUAGGCAAACCUGGGUGUCCAAGGCACGUGGCAUUUUGCAAACUCUGGGUGCAGCUCCGAGCUGUCCUGCAGGUCCCAGACCAGGUGAGAACUCCCUGAGUUCCUGCUGCCUGGGUCGGGGGUGAGGCAUAGGUCUUGGGGGUUCAACCUGGAAUUCUGAAUGUUAUUCAUUGCAUUGGAGAGGAAGGAGAGUAGGCAAAGCCAAGACCCUGGAACUGGACAAACUCAUGUGGUUUAAAGUCACUGUGAGAGCUGGAGUUGAGUCUGCCUACGGGGGAGGACUGCGGCACCUACCUCGCAGGGCUGUUGUGAGGAGCAAUGUAACCGUGAUUUUGAACUGUGAUUCUGGAAGGGCGGUGUGCGUGUCCCCGGGGGUGUGCCAGGGGAGUGAGGAUCAAAGGCCAGGGAGACAGCCUCACUCAGGCAGCUGAGUGGGAGAGCAUUUAUCUCUAAACCUGGAGGGGUAUAUGGUGGGACAGGAGGAAUUUGGGCAGGAACUUUCAUGCUAGGGGUUUGGGGGACUCUUUGGACAAUGCCCCUGGACCCCCCGGGGGUACGCAUUCACGCUCACCUCUGAGAGGCUGGAAACGCCUGGCUGUGCUUUCUGAAUGCUGUGUGCUUCCUGCCUCUGUGCCUGGCCUGUGUGCAGCACCUACUUGUGUCCGCCUUCAAAAGGCCCUUCUGGGUGGUGCCCUUUUCCCCAAAAUAUUAGGCACCAGCCAUCAAAGAUACUGCAUUGUUCCCUCCCCCACCCCUCCCCCAACUGACAACAUUUGGGCUCAAAUGCAGCAGGCUGGGUGCCCAACACAGUGCCUGGCGAGUGGUAGCGCUUACGUUUCUUUUCUGUUGAAUGGAUGGAUAGCUAAUGAAAUUGUAACCAAUGACAAGCCUUGAUGUUUAUAACCUUUACUAAGAGAUUAUUAUUUUGCUCUUCAUGGACCUGUUAACAACCGCCAUAUUGUAUCUUACGGACGUUUGUAUGCCACGUUUGAAGAGCAGGAGCCUUGUUUCAGCGUCACGUUGAUGGAACUUGAGCUGUCUGAUGCGAAUCUGUGUUUUAUGUUAGAAAGAGCGUAGCCUUAGGAUCUGGCAGACCCAGGGGCCACUUAAUUAACCCUUUGCCUCUUUGACCCUCAAUCUCCUUUUCUCUAAGCCAUAGGUCACCAGAAAGCCUACCUCACAGGGCUGUUGUGAGGGCCGAGGGUGGGGGCGCUGCAACAGUGCUGUGCAGAUGCUGGCUUUCCCUGGGAAUGGGCAUAUGUUGGGAUUUGUCUUGAAAGCAUGAGUGAUGGCUUUACCAGUCCUAAGUGAAUAAAAAGUCAGCCCUGACCUUACGCUGGGAUUGCAUUUCCCACAGUCAGUGGCAUGUACAGACCACUGGCGGAGCAGCCUGCAGGUGCUUAGCGAUGUGGGCCCAGAGUAAAUAUUUGUUUGAUUGAUGAGUGAUGGCUUUUUCCUUCCUCAGAGGUUGCCCUGCCCCCCAUUCCAACGUGGGCUGCUGCUUCUCCCCAGCAGGUUGUAGCUGGCAGGGCCGUUGUGCUUUGGGGUUUGCUGUACCUGUCGCUGCCGUGAGGGGACGAUCUGUCUGCCUGGAGGGGUUUCUGCAAACAUUCAUGUAUGCCCCUGCUUUCGUUUGUUAGGGAGAAGGAGUGGGGUGACCUAGAGAGAGGAUGAGGAAGGGGUUCUGGGUGGCAUCCUUGGGGUACCAACCCUCCUUCCAUCCUGCGCUCUGAAUUUUCUCACAGCCCUUUUCUGUUCCUGGUAGAAGGUGCAGAAGGUAGGCUUUGCCACCUUCCCUGGGCCUGGCACCAAGCUCUGGGGUCUUGUACACACUUUCCCUUCUCUAACUGGGGUGUGGGCCCAUUUCCUAGAUGAGCUUGCUGAGAAUCAGGACAGCUGGUAUCAGAGCCAGGACUUCCCAGUCUUGCACAAAUAACCUGUGCAUUUUUGAGUCCACCAAAUAAGGCCUCCUGCCUGGUCCGGCUCACCCCUUCCAGCCCCCAGCAAAUGCAGCCUGGUGCGUCCCCACCCCUGCCAAGAGCCCGGGAGUGCUCUGGCAGAGAAGUGCAGGGAUGAGGAAGGAGGCUGUGCCCUCCAGGGGACUCAGCUGCGUUAGAGGAGUUGCUGCAGCACUGGCAGGGGUCUCCAGACAUCCCAUGCAGGGGUCCUUUCAGAUCAGGCGUCUCUUCACCAGACCACCGUAUUCCUUUUUCAGCCCUCGUCUCUUGCACGUGGGGGUGCAGUGUUUGGCUCUCACAUCCCCACAUUCCAGCUGGUGGGGGUUUGAGCUAGGUGUUCCUUCUGCUCCCCACUCCCCACUCACGGCCCCCACCCCGUGCAAGCCUCCCUUGCCCCCACUCUUUGUCUCCAGCUUUCACAGCCUUGGUGGGCAGGCUGCUGGGCCUGUUGCCGCCCCCGCUCUCUUCCACCCGCCUCUUCUUUCUCAGCCUGAGCUUUACUGUGAGGUCUGGGUGCCACACCUUGGCCCCUGCCAUGCCUGCCCCCAGAAGCACCCACGUGGGUCCCCUGAUUCUCUCCUCCCCUGGGCUUUGCUAAGGAGCCCUUUCAUUGUGGCCUUUGGUGUCUGCCUCAUGCCCAUCCCCUGUUCUUGAGAACUUGGAAGCAGAGGGGGCCCCUCCUAUUGCUCCCAAGAGGCUCCACAGUAGGGAGCCCCUCCCAGGAGAUUCUGAGUCUGUGUUUAGGUGUCGAUUCCUGGGUGGGCCUUGGGGUCCCCUCAGGCCAGGCCUGUGUGUGACCUAAGGCUGGGGGGCUCUAUCAGGCACCUGGUGUCCCUUGGAGGUGGGCGGGGCUGGGUCCUGGUCUCCUGAGGACGGGUGGGGAGACAGGCUCAGGGAGAUUUCCACGAAGCUGCCCUUGAACCCCUCCUCUGAGGCCCGCACUGCCCUGGCCCUUUACACCCUGCCUCCUGCACUAGUAGGCGCAUAAUAGAUGCUCGCCACCUGUGGAGGGCAGGGUUUAAAUGGCUGGAAAGAGCUGAGUGGGCUGUUUGGCUAGCGUACGCGCAUUUGUUUAAAAGGAAAGGGUGUGUUUCUUGGCAAAGACUCUUCGGAGGAAAUGCUGAACUGGGGAAGGGUCUCUACCUGUUCUGGGGCCUCACUGCCCUUCCUGCCGGGGACAGGCAGUCACUGGUGGCUUUCCCCCCAGUGGAAACACAAUAUUUUGGAAAUAUUUAUAUCUAGGAUAAAACUUCAUCUGGACCAACAUGUCUUUGUUGGUGUUGUGGCCCAGGUGAUUUUGAGAAUGUAGAAUACAUUUGGCAAUUUCCAAACGGAGUGAUGACCCGCUCCUCCGCCCCCCCCUGCCCUCCCUGAGGCUGGAGGCUUCAGAAGCCCCUGCCUUGGGAGGAGGCUGUUCUACCUGAGAAGUCUUUGUCCCCACCGUUGGUGACAAUCAGCAUUGACCUGUGAGGCACCUGCCAGGUUUGGGACGCAGCUUUAGACAUCCAGAAAACCGGGGGUGGAGGGGUGGGGUGGGGGCUUCAGACCCCAGAGCUUGAUUCCUUUUAACUGUCUCAUCCCCAAAGAAUGGUACAUGGGUACCAGGUAGGUUACUUGAAUCACCCUGAGCCUCGAUUUUCCCACCCGUUAGAAACGGGGUAAUUCAUGACAGUGUCCGCUUGGGAGACGGCUGUGACCCCUGAGAAUUCUCGCUGCAUGCCGUGGGCUGGCUCGUGAGACUCAAGGUCUGGGUUCGAGGCCCCCGCAACCCCUUCUGACUGUGUGGCCUGGGCGAGUUUGUUGUUUGUAACCUGGAAAGCGUCACACCUGCCUGGCACGGUUAUUGUGGGCUUCAAUGAGAUUGUUUGUGUGAAAUAAACGCUUUGUGACUGGCACACAGGCGCUCUCAUCCCGGCUCUCCUGGUGGGCCCGGACCGCUGGGUGCUGGCUGCGGAGGCCCUGUGCUCCCUGGAACUGUCUGCGCUGGUCCCAGGGACUCUUGGGCAGAGUGGAGGGCAAGGGGGGAAGCACCAGCCUGCUCUGGGGAGACAGUGGCAGAGGGAAGGGUUUGUUUUUAAAUACACUCAGCAGGUUCAGACAGGAGAGGAUCAGAGGGGAAAUGUUUAGAGCCCUCAGGAGGAGGAGGGGACCGAGUUUUAGGAAAAACAUCAAAGCUGGAUAGGUUGGGCAGAAGAGCUGGGGAUAGCAUUUAGAGAGGCUGAGAGUCCUGGGUUCUGGGUUAUCGAGGUGAGAGAAACCAGAGGUUGCCAGUUGUAGGUGGGCGUCAGGACUAGAGUGAUGCUUCCAGAAGUUUCUGCAAGUGGGCAGAGUCUAAGGUAGGGCAGGAUACACCAGAAGUUGAGGGGCACUAGGUAGACAGGCCGAGCUGGUGGCUGGGUGCUCCCCUCACCCUCCAUGCUGCUAGGAGCCCGUGAGCAGGGACUUGCUCUCCUCUCCCUCCCUCCUGGGGCCUGCCUGUCUGUCUGUGAACUCUUGUCGGCCAGCGAGGCCGGGAGCAGGUGGCCUUCAUCUGCAACUGUGUCUCUCUCAGCCUCCACAGCCACGGGGACGCCCUGCACCUAUUCCCACGGGACAGGCUGGACCCAGAGACUCUGGACCCGGGGCCUCCCCUUGAGUAGAGACCCGCCCUCUGACUGAUGGACGCCGCUGACCUGGGGUCAGACCCGUGGGCUGGACCCCUGCCCACCCCGCAGGAACCCUGAGGCCUAGGGGAGCUGUUGAGCCUUCGGUGUCUGCAUGUGGGAAGUGGGCUCCUUCACCUACCUCACAGGGCUGUUGUGAGGGGCGCUGUGAUGCGGUUCCAAAGCACAGGGCUUGGCGCACCCCACUGUGCUCUCAAUAAAUGUGUUUCCUGUCUUAACAAAAA